AUGGUCGCGCUCGCAGGCGCGUUCCGCCGCCUCGACGCCGACGCCGGGCGCGGCCGCGCCUUCUGCUCCGGCGUCGACCUCACCGCCGCCGAGGAUGUCUUCAAGGGCGACGUCAAGGACCCCGCCGCCGACCCCGUCGCCGCCAUGGCCGUGUGCCGCAAGCCCAUCGUCGGCUCCAUCGCCGGAUUCGCCGUCACCGCCGGGUUCGAGAUCGCCCUCGCCUGCGACUUGCUCGUCGCGGGCGGCGACGCCAAGUUGGUCGACACCUCGCCAACCCCUGCGCUGCCAAAGCCGUCCGAUCCUCACCGAUCCUGCGCUGCCGAAGCCGCCCGAUCCUCGCCGAUCCUGCGCCGCCGAGGCCGCCUGCUCCUCGCCGACCCCUGCGCCGCCGAAGCCGCCUGCUCUUUCGCCGAGCGCCUCGUCGCCUUCGCCUGCGUCGAGGGCUUCUUCUCCGGCUCCUGCUGA